AUGUGCCAGGGGAAAGAUCUCAUCGGAGUAAUAUUAAUGGGAACUAAAGAAACUAAAAACAGUUUAGCAGAGCAAUGCCCUGGAUCAUUUAAACAUAUAAAGUUCUUUAGUGAAUUGGAAUUACCUGCUUGGAAAACGAUACGCGAGUUACCUAGUGUGCCAACGCAAUACAGAGGAGACUGGUUUGAUGCUCUUGUGGUCGCAGCAGACUAUUUCAAAAAUGGUUUUAGUGGCAUAAAAUGUCUUAAUAGAAGGAUUAUAUUAAUGACAAACUUUGAAUGCUACUCAAGCGUGGAUGAAAAUGAUUUCAAACAGGCAUUGAAUGGAUUCAAAGAAGGAGAUAUUCAAGUUGAUGUCAUUGGAUGUGACAUCUAUUCAGAAAUAUGUAAAAACAAUGACAUUGAUUUAGUAAAAAAAAUUGUUGAAGUU